AUGCCUCCAGUCAGCAAGAAAGUACAUAUCAACGUUGAUCUCGGCGAGGGAUACGGCAACUUCAAGUGCGGCCCAGACGAGGAGCUGAUUCCUCUGAUCGAUCAUGCCAACAUCGCCUGUGGAUUUCAUGCUGGCGACCCGCUGAUCAUGGCCAACACAGUCAAGCUAUGCAAGCAGCACAACAUCAAGAUCGGAGCUCAUCCUGGCCUUCCGGAUAUCCAAGGCUUUGGCAGAAGAGAGAUCAAGAUGUCGCCCGAAGAGUUGACUGCAAUGGUCAUCUACCAAGUGGGUGCCUUGAAGGCCUUUCUAGACGUCGAAGGGUUGCCUCUGCAUCAUGUCAAGCCUCACGGUGUACUCUAUGGCAUGAUGUAUAGGGAUCGUGAGGUGUGCCGAGCGGUCUACUCUGGUGUUCCCAAAGGCACACCUGUCUUUGGUCUUGCCGGUACUCUCCACGAGGAAGUUGCAAAGGAGCUCGGUUUGCCAUUUGUUGCCGAGCUGUAUGGAGAUGUGAAGUACUCAAAAGACGGCACGUUGGUCAUCGACCGCAAGAAGAAGGCAUGGACGCAAGAGGAGACAGCAGCGCACAUAAAGUCACAGUUGGAAAACUCGUCUGUCAUUGCAGUCACUGGAGAGGAGGUCAACUUGCCCAUAGGUGAUCAUGAGGUCUCACUGUGUUGCCAUUCGGACUCUCCCGGCGCUGUGAACAUAGUGACUGCUGCAAGGAAAAUGGUAGACGAGUUUAAUAAGAAGCACCAUGGAUCUGUGUAG